GUCCAAACUUAAGAUAAUGAUAAGGCGUGAAAGGAAGAAGGAGCAAGAAACACAGGAAAAGAACGAAAGAAAAAAUGGAAGGAAAAUUGUCUCGCGCAGCAAAGAAGCUCACAUCGUCUCCCAUUCAAGAACUCUCCCACCUUGCUCAGAGAUGCAACGCCAUCAACCUCGCCGAAGGCUUCCCCGACUUCCCUGCCCCUCUCCACCUCAAAAACGCUGCCAUUUCCGCCAUCAAUUCCGACUUCAACCAGUACAGGCAUGUGCAAGGUAUAUGUGACCUUUUGGCCAAGAUGGUGAAGGAAAUGCAUGGUUUAGACAUUGACCCUCUUACUGAAGUAGCUAUUUGCUGUGGUCAAACUGAGGCCCUUGCAGCUGCAAUCUUUGCAACAAUUGACCCGGGUGACGAAGUCAUAAUCUUUGACCCUUCCUAUGAAACAUAUCAAGGAUGUGUUACUUUGGCUGGGGGAGUCCCGAUAUAUGUGCCACUUGAUCCGCCUAAUUGGACCCUUGAUCCAAGCAAAUUGCUGAGAUCAAUAACUGAGAGAACCAAGGCCAUUAUACUGAACAGCCCUCACAAUCCAACCGGCAAAGUUUUCACAAAAGAUGAACUUGAGGCUAUUGCAGGAGCAUGCUGUAGCCGAAAUUGCCUGGCAAUAACAGAUGAAGUCUACGAAUAUAUAACUUAUGAUAACCAAAAACACAUAUCCCUUGCCUCAUUUCCAGGAAUGCAAGAGCGGACUAUAAUAACAUCUUCUUUGUCUAAAACAUUUAGUGUCACAGGUUGGAGGGUUGGAUGGGCAAUUGCACCAGCUUUUAUUGCGUCUGCUAUCAGAAACAUUCACGUAACCGUUACAGAUUCUGCUCCAGCACCUUUUCAGGAAGCUGCAUUGACCGCUUUGAGAAGCCCCCCAGAAUACUUUGAAUCACUGAGAAGGGAUUAUCAAUCAAAAAGAGACUAUAUCAUCAAGUUGCUCACAGGAGUAGGUUUCAAGAUACGGUUUAUACCUCAGGGUGCCUUCUUUUUAUUCGCUGAACUUCCUGAAAAUUGCCCCCUUUCUGAUGUAGAAUUUGUUAAAGAACUAAUACUUGAAGCAGGGGUUGUGGCUGUUCCAGGUCAAGGAUUUUUCCAUACAAACUUAUCAUCAAAUGAAGUUAGUAAUGAGAGUUGUAACUACCAGCAGAGAUACAUCAGGUUUGCAUUCUGCAAGAGCGAUGCAACUUUGAAUAUGGUUUCCGAAAGACUAGGUAAGCUUUUGGAUGCUGCAGGGCAUCUCUGCUUCUUCCUCCGUGCUGCAAUCAUGAAGGACACUUGAAAUCCAUUAUAUCUUCAUUACUCAAAUGCUCUAGACCUUGUCCUGGUUUCUCAUCCUUUGAAUGGAAGCAACUGGAAUACAUGGGGUCUUGCCGCAAUUGUAGCUAGCUCAAUCAAGAGCAAAGUCACCUUUAUUGAUAAGGCGAUAUGAUUCUGAUCACAGCCGCUCAAUGCCUAGAUUCUCACAACAACAAUGUGGCUAUCUCAUUGAUUUUCAACUCACUUUCAAAAGAUAUUAUUGCAAGUAUCAUGUAUUCUGAUUAUGCAGACUUAAGUUGGCAAAGACAUGAAGGAAAUAUUCGGCCAUUUUUUUGUUACUCAGACUAA